CUAGGUGUUGACGCCGCCGGCUUCACCCUCAAAAAUAACUGCGCGUAUACGGUCUGGGCCGCGAUCCAGCCGGGGGCCGGCAAGCCAAUGAUCGGCGACGGCGGCCUGCAGCUGGAACCGGGCCGGUCGGCCCACGUCCACGCCCCGGCCGGCUGGUCCGGCCGCAUGUGGCCCCGUCGCGACUGCUCUUUCGACAGCUCCGGCCGUGGCUUCUGCCUCACCGGCGACUGCGGCGGACUCCUCCAAUGCGCCGGCGCCGGCGGAUCCCCGCCGGUCACCCUCGCGGAGUUCACCCUCGAUAGUCCUAUUGAUUAUUACGACGUCAGCCUCGUCGAUGGCUACAACGCCCCCGUGUCUGUGGUCCCCAUGGGCGGGGCCGGCUCGUGCCGGCCCGUGACGUGCGAGUCGGACCUGAACCGGAGCUGCCCCGGGCCGCUGCGGGUGGAGCGGGGGGGGGAGGUGGUGGCGUGCAAGAGCGCGUGCAUGGCGUUCGGUACGCCCGCGUACUGCUGCACGGGGGAGUUCGCGAGCCCAGAGGCGUGCAGACCGACGGCGUACUCGCGGGUGUUCAAGAAGGCGUGCCCCACGGCGUACAGCUACGCGUAUGACGACCCCACCAGCAUCUUCAUGUGCCGGGGGGCCGAUUACCUCAUAACAUUUUGUUGAGGAGAUCCAUGGCCUAGAUGGAAAUGUCUGAAACUUUGAAUCUUGAUUUUGAAUUUGGAACA